AUGGAGCCCAACAGCCCUAAAAAAAUACAGUUUGCGAUGCCACUGUUUCAGAGUCAAAUAGACCCCGAGGCAGCUGAGCAGGUUGGUUUAUGCCUGUUACAGAUCAGGAAAAGAAGGCCUACACCAGCAUCACUUGUUAUCAUGAAUGAACAUGUGCCCCCAGAAAAAGAUGAGAAGAGAACAAACAUCUCACAGGCACAGUCCCAGAGUGCCUCUCCCAAGCAGAGGAAGCAGAGCGUCUUCACCCCACCUGCUCUCAAAGGGAUUAAGCAUCUGAAGAGUCAGAGUGAUUCAGCAUUUCCCGAGGAAGAAGAGGGAGUCAGUGAAAGGGAAGAGGAAUGGGACCACUAA